AUGUCUAGAGAAGGUUUCACAGUCCCAACUGGCGAUUUGGCUGCUGCCGCACACGGUGUCGUUUCGAAACAAGUGGCUGGUGCCGGUUUGAACAAGAACUACGGUGUCAAGUACUUGUGUCCUAACUGUUCUUUCGAGGUCUCCUUGAACAAGUCGGAUCCGAUCCGCUGCAAGGACUGUGGUUACAGAGUGUUGUUCAAGAAGAGAACCAAGAGGAUGGUUCAACGUAACAUCGCAAUACCCCUGCUCGACAGUUUUGAAAUCUAA